CUCCUCCUUGUCACUAAUCCACUCCCUCGCACGUCAGACAGACUGUGGCUUUGCUCCCGUGGGUUUAUCAUAACUGCAGUUUGGAUCACUGUCCUGUACCCGAAAACCACAGGCAAGGACAUCUGGAGGACUUUGUGCAAUAGAGAUCUAACCUGCUUUUUAAUAGUGAAGAUUCCCCUGUUCAUGGGUUAUAGAAGAAUAAAGACAUAAGACUACUGUUUCGUCUCUCAGCUAAAUUUCCAUAAUGCCAGUUACAGACCAGGCGUUUGUGACCCUUUGCACAAAUGAUAUAUACUGUCAAGGGGCCUUGGUUCUUGGGAAAUCGUUAAGGAAUCACGGAACGUCCAGAAAAUUAGUAGUAAUGAUUACCUCUCAAGUUACUACCAGAAUGAGGGGAAUCCUCAAUAGUGUGUUUGAUGAAACCAUUGAAGUAGACACAUUAGACAGUGCAGACUCAGUACAUUUGUCUUUAUUAAAGCGACCUGAACUUGGAAUAACCUUUACCAAACUUCAGUGCUGGACACUUACUCAAUAUACCAAAUGUGUCUUUAUGGAUGCAGACACAAUUGUACUUUGUAAUAUUGAUGAGCUGUUUGACCGAGAAGAGUUUUCAGCAGCUCCUGAUUCUGGAUGGCCAGAUUGCUUUAAUAGCGGUGUAUUUGUCUUCAGACCUUCAAUUGAAACAUUUGGCCGCCUUCUUCAAUUUGCAGAAAACAAUGGAAGCUUUGAUGGAGGUGAUCAAGGCUUGUUAAAUAGCUUCUUCAGUAACUGGUCAACAGCGGACAUCAGCAAGCAUUUGCCCUUUAUCUAUAACUUAAGCAUCAGCAAUAUUUAUACCUAUGCACCUGCUUUCAAACAAUUUGGCUCAGAGGCAAAAGUUAUUCAUUUUAUUGGUACACCAAAGCCCUGGAACUGCAAGUACAAUCCUCAGACUCAGUGGAUUGUAGACAAUGAAUCUUUAAGUGGACACCAUAAUCUUUCUUUCCUAGUUCUUUGGUGGCAAAUCUUUAUUUCAGACAUCCUGCCAUUACUGGCACAACAGGAAGAGCUUGAUAAAGAAAAUAGUCAGCAGCAUCAAAUUGGAAGGAUUGAGAUUAUUUUGAAGAAUGAAAUCCCAUCCUCUGUCUACCCUGAGGAGACACCUUCAGAAAAUACUGACAGCAUACCACCUGAUAAUGUUUGGGAGCAGCAGACAUUGGAUGACAGUGUUCCAGCUCAAGAAAUACAACUCCCCCCUCAACCACUCACUCAAGACAUCAUCUAUAUGGGGGAGCUUGCCCAUUCAGUUUCUGAGUUAUCUAUCCAAGAGACAGAAGAACAGCCAAGAACUGAAGAUGAACGCCAGAUGUGGGAACAGGGACACAUUGACUACAUGGGGAAAGAUUCCUUUGAAAACAUACAAAGAAAGCUAGAUCGCUUUUUACAUUAAUCACUUGCUUGAUUGUUUUUACAUUGCUGUGAGCAAAGUCUAUUUUACCAUAUUUAUUGUGAAGUGAUAUAAUUUGAUUUUAUUUUACAGUUUACUAUACAUUAAAGAAAAUAUGAUGGGAACCAAUAAUUCUCAAUAAAAUAAAA